AUGCGGGGCAGGGCAGCACAGCGGGGCGCUUGGCAGGGCAGUGCGCAGGCUGGCAGGGCAGUGCGCAGGCGUGCAGGGCAGGGCAGCGCGCUGGCGUGCGGGGCAGGGCAGCGCGCUGGCGUGCGGGGCAGGGCAGCGUGGCACGCCCCUGGCCAGGGCAACGCGCAGGCGAGUAGGGCAGGGCAGCGUGCUGGCGUGCGGGAUAGGCCAGUGCAGCGGGGCGCUGGGCAGGGCAGCGUGCAGGCGAGCAAGGCAGGGCAGCGCGCUGGCGUGCGGGGCAAGGCAGUGCAGCGGGGCGCUGGGCAGGGCAGUGUGCACGCGCAGGCGUGCAGGGCAGGGCAGCGCGCUGGUGUGCGGGGCAGGGCAGCGUGGCAGGCCCCUGACCAGGGCAACGUGCAGGCGAGUAGGGCAGGGCAGCGCGCUAGCGUGCGGGAUAGGGCAGUGCAGCAGGGCGCUGGGCAGGGCAGGGCAACGCGCUGGCGUGUGGGGCAGGGCAGUGCAGCGGGGCGCUGGGCAGGGCAGCGCGCAGUCUUGCAGGGCAGGGCAGCGCGCUGGCGUGCCGAGCAGGGCAGCACGGCGGGGGUGCUGGGCAGGGCAGUGCGCAGGUGUGCAGGGCACGGCAGCACGCCGGGGCGCUGGGCAGGGCAGCGCGCACGCGUGCGGGCAGGGCAGCAAGGUAGGCCCCUGGCCAGGGCAGCGCGCAGGCGAGUAGGGGAGGGCAGCGCGCUGGCGUGCGAAACAGGGCAGAGCAGCGGGGCGCUGGGCAGGGCAGCGCGCAGGCUUGCAGGGCAGGGCAGCGCGCUGGCGUGCGGGGCAGGGCAGCGCGGCGGGGAGCUGGGCAGGGCAGUGCGCAGCUGUGCAUGGCACGGUAGCGCGCUGGGGCGCUGGGCAGGGCAGCGCGCAGGCGUGCAGGGAAGGGCAACGCGCUGGCGUGCGGGGCAGGGCGGCACUGCGCAGAGAAGUGACGCGCAAUGGGCAGCAAAAGAGAGGGGGGGGGGGGGAGGGGGGGGGGGGGAGGUGGGUGUGGAGGGGGGGGGGGGGGAGGACGACGGGCAGUAA